AUGCACAUCCUUGUUGUAAACGACGAUGGCCCGCCAUCUCGCAAGCUCUCGCCGUAUGUGCGCCCGCUGGUCGACGCCCUACAGGAUGCAGGCCAUCAAGUCUCCGUAGCCGUCCCAGCGCAAUCACGCUCAUGGAUCGGAAAAGCGCACAUCAUCGGCGCCUCCCUGACAGCAACAUACGUCCACCCAGACCUCUUCCUCGACGACGGAACCUGGACGGAAUCGGCAGCCAAGAAUCUGAACUUGACAACACCGCCGAAGACGCCUACCAGUUCAGAAGAGCAUCUGCUCCCCGCCGAGCACGAGUGGGUCGUCGUCAGCAACGGCACCCCGGCCAGCUGUGCGCAACUAGGCAUCUUUGAGCUCUUCCAAGACCGCGGCGUCAUCGACCUAGUGAUAUCCGGGCCGAAUCAUGGUCGCAAUGCAUCGACGAUUUACAACCUCUCGUCGGGGACGGUAGGCGGGGCGCUGGAGGCUGCGACGUGCGGGAAGAGGGGUAUUGCGUUGUCGUUUGGCAGCAAGGAGGAGCAAGCACUGGAUGUGAUUCGCGCAGCCGCGCGGCUGUCAGCGCGCCUGAUUGAGCAUUUGUAUCGGAACUGGGAUGAGAGGGUGGAACUGUACAAUUUGAAUGUGCCGAUGCGCGCGGAUGUAGAAUCUCGCGCCGUGCGGUAUACGCGUGCCCUACCGAAUGUUUGGUCAAAGGGGAGUUUGUAUGCGGAGGUUGGCGCGGUGAAUGGAGGUGGGAAGAACGGCGUGGCGUGUCGGCAGCGCCAGUUUCAGUGGUCCACGGAACUGUCUGAUAUCAAGCGCAGUUUGCAGGAGAGUGGCGAAGGGACUGAUGCACGCACCGUACUAGAUGGGUAUACAAGUGUUACCCCCCUCCUGGCGAACUUCUGGCAUCCUACCGGAUUCAGCGGAGAAUUGAAACUGGAUAAUUGA